AUGCCGUAUACGGAGGAGCUGCAGGCGAGCGCGGACCUGGCAUGGGCUGCGGUGAAUCGUGAUGCCAACCCGCAGCUGACCUCGGGGCAAUUGGAGACGGCAUUGCACUUUAUGGGUUUGAAUCCGACGCAUGCGGCGGUCAAGGAGUUUUGUGGUCAGGUCGCUCGCAGCGAUGCCGUGUUCACCAAGACGGACCUCCUUCAGCUGGCCGUCUCGAUCCCUCCGAUGUCAGCUGAGGACAUGAUCCAGGCGUUUCAGGUCAUUGAUGUUAAUCAAGAUGGCCACCUGAGCAAGCCUGAGCUGAUUCAAGCCCUCAUGCAGCACGGGGAUCGUAUGACGAAGCAGGAGGUGGAUGAGAUCAUCCAUCUUUUUGAUGCCAACAAGGAUGGUCAGAUUGACUACCGUGAAUUCGCUCAGGCCUGUCUCGACAUGGCUUCGACCAUUGCCCAUUUACAACCCCCAGCCAAUGACGCACCCGCCAAAUCCCACGACACGGCCCAGAACACGACCAUGGCCAAGAACGCGACCAAAACAUCGACAUCAGCACAGCCAGGAGCGCGCGCGCUGGCCGCAGCACGCGGCAGACCUACCCAGCCCUCCAAGCCUAGUUCUCGCCCCACAUCUGGACGAACUGGUGGUGCGGUCCGCUCUCGACGCCAGCAGCCUGCCGGCUCAGCUCGUGGAAGCUUGGAUGUCACCAACAACCCCCAGGACUCGGAUCUGCCGGCGGAUGCGAUGCUGCUACGCCCCGAGGCGGCCCUGGAUCCAAUUCCUCCGAAGUGGCACCGCACCCCGCUACAGGGGCGCUUCCUACGAACCAAAGAUGCAGUCAAUGCCGAAAUUUUCGCUUUUCAGUGUCAGAAACCCUCACAGGCUCUGUUCAAGCUUCAUCUCAAGCCUGCCAACGAAAACGUGGCUUGUGAUGCCAGUCUUCUCUUGUGCCGGGUGGAGCCGGGCAACGUGUGGAAGCCUCUGGGCCUUUCUCAUAUCAGCUGUCAGCAUGCCCAGCUAGCUGUUCGCUUGACCCCUGGCAAAUACAGGCUCAUUCCUUGGAGUCCGGGCUGCAAGCUCGUUCAUGUCGAUGAAAAACCUGAUUAUGCCGAGCUGGUGCACGAGGUUGACGGUGUCCCAGUGUUUACCGAAGCAGCCCGCGCAGCAUUCAAAUCACUCUUUGACAGCUACGAUACCACCUCGCGUGGUCUUCUUGCUCGAGAUGAGUUUGAUCUAUUGCAGCAUCGUGCCGAGGGUGAAGGCGUGGAUCCAGAAACCUGGGAGUUUAUGAUCGAAAACUUUGACUCGGAUGAGAACUGCAUCACUUUUCGCGGUUUGGUACAAAUGUAUGAUCAGCUGUGGGGAGCAAUGGAGGGCAACGUUGACCAGUUUUUUGCCUCUAGCCUGGGGGCGUUUGGUUUCGGGCGCGAUCUUGUGCUCAACGAAGCCUGUCGCUACGAGCUGGAGGCGGCCGUCGAGCACCCCGAGGCGUUUGCACACCUCGGCGUGCUUGUCCCACACACGGACAAGGUCGAAGAGGCCAUGCAGCAAUAUAUCAUGGACCACGGUGCGAAAGAAGCCCUGGCUCAGAGCUUGGUUCGCUAUAGCCUCCGUCAGCCGCGCUUCGUCGCUACCCUCAUCCACAACGAGGACUCCGCGCUGGUAUCUGCAACUGUACGGCAGCGCCUGGAAAACGCCGUUGCCAACGCAUGGCUUCCAUCUGGUGGCGUGCAAGUGAAGGGGGGCAUGUCAAAGCCGUGCCGGCCGAUGCAACGCGGCGCAACUGGACGGCAGGCGUUGAUGUGCACGUCUAACGGUCGCGUCAUACGAGAGUGGGCAAUAGACGAUGACUUUUUUGACUUGCUGUGCGACAUGAUGGACGAGGAUGAGUCGCCAGCCGAGCCCGCCCCGCCUCCUGUCUCAACCAGCUCGUCCUCCCACCGUUCUUCAGCAGCAACUGGCACGCCCGAGUCUGCAGUGCCAGUCGAACCCAAAAAUCCUGUGUCACAGGCCUCCUCCAGACAGGCUACUGCGUCAAAAGCGCCGACAGCGCAAGCGGCAUCUGCCGCAUCGACCAACAGCCCUGCCGCACCCCUGCGCUCCUCCUCCAUAGCUCGCCACAAAGGGGGCAAUCCUUCCCCCGAACCAGCCACCAAGCGGGCUCAUCGGACAACAGAGAAAGAGUUGCGGCGCGACAAGCAUAGCGGAUUUCGUCUACAAAACCGUCAAGUAUCAGCAGCGGACCUCGACACCAGCAUGGCUGGCAAAAAAAAUGUGCUUUUGGCCAACGUGCCUAGCUGGUGCCUUCUGAUUGUCAUUCCACUCUGCCAGGCCAACAACCCGCGUGCCAAGGAGCAGGACUGGGUCUCCUUUGGCGUAUUGGUAGAGAAGCGCUCCACUCAAAAGUCCAAAGCUCAAAAGAACUACGUGACUUGGAUCAUCUCCGAUUUGGCCGACACAAGCACCCGGCUCGUUCUUCUCGGAGACGCCCAUGCCAAGCACUGGAAGCUGCCAGAGGGCAGUGUCUUGGGUUUGCUCAACCCAACUCAGCUUGGCGAACCCAAGACGCCCAGCGACGUGACCAUAACAGUCGAUUCAGCAGGCCAGAUCUUAUACCUGGGCCAUGCCGUCGAUUAUGGUAUCUGCAAGGGCACACGUCGUGACGGUCAUGGCUGUACCAUGCCCAUCAAUACGAGUCAAGGCGAAUACUGCCAUUUUCACGUCAACAAUGCCAUCCGCAAGAAAAAGGCCGCAGCCAAGAGCGAAGACAAGCGAAAACCCGUGUCAUCUCGAAUGGCUGUUCAGGGCGGAAGCUACCAGCCACCCCCGCGCGUGCCUGGGGCCAAGCGUCCUGGUGUGGAGGGCCGCUUUCGUACCGUCGCACCACCAGUGCACGCGCCAAAACAAGAGCUACAAGCCAUCAAGAACGAAAUCAAACCCGGGUUUGUUGAUGCCAUGAGUCAGCGCAGUCAGUUUCGCAACGCCAUGGCCGGGAAAACACACGUGGUGUUGUCCCGAGAGACAAGCCAGCCCGGCAAAGUGGGUGGUAGCACGACAGCCAACGGAGUGCCAACGUUGCCUCGUACGGAGUCGGCCCAGCAACUGCUUUCUCUGAAGCGAAACACUCCGCUUCUGGGCAAGGGUUUGCCAACGGGUGGUGCCGUGGACUUGGUACUUGGAUCGAGCAAGAGUGCGCCUGUGCGCUCGCGUGACAUUCUGCUCGCACAGGCGGCAGCAGUAGCUCAACAACGUCUGCAGGGCACUGGCACGGCUGCAACCAAGGGGUCAAAGUCAUCAACUGGGGCCGAAGCUGCCGAUGUUUCUCCUCUGGAUCGGGAGCCAAGCGCCAAGGGCAAGACUGGUCAGCUCGGUGCGGCCAAGACUCAGCGCUUGGUUACGCUGACCGGUGCUGUACUCAGUGAAGCGGAUAAGGAGAAACUGCGUGCUUCGCGUAGCAAGCACAUGGAUGCCUACGAAGACGAUCGAUCAGAGAAACUGAGCAAGUCGAUGCAGCAGGGCAUGGAAAUUGACAAGCUCAUGGAUAAACUUGACAGCAUUAUGGACCGUGAGCUGAAUGCUUAUAAAUGCCGUCAGGUGGGUGUAGCGUUGGCAUCUGGCAUUUGGCAUGAGUCCCAAUAUGGUUUACGCGGCAAGCAGCAAAUCGAAGAAGCUCACGUCACAUCUUGCUGGCAGUGCCGGAAAAUACACCGCAAAAAACAGGAACUUUGCUUGCGCGAUCACCAUGUUUACGACAAGGUCAAAGUGGUGGAGCGAUUUUUCGUUUGCAUGGACUGUCAUGAGCAUUUGAGCGUGCUUGGCGAGCGUAUCCCACGCGAGUCUUGCCGCAAAUGUGGCGCCACGGCAUGGCGGGCCGCUAGUAUGCUGCGGGAGCGGCGUGACGCUGGUCGUAAGGAGGUUUUGGCACGUGGCAUUGAGCACGGACGCUUCUUGCAAUCUGCCACGGGUCAGUUCAAUCGCGCCUGA